AUGACUCAAAACUCUACAAUUGUUGAUUACCAACAUCAGCAAUUAAAUCUAAGUUCCCCAGAUCUAAUUCUAAGUCCAUCAACAACUGAAUUAACCGACUCGUCCGGGAACAUUACUAUCAAGUAUGGUGAUUAUUUGAGUGAUGAUAAUUCAAUCGAUGAUAUUUUCACCUCAAAUAAUUGGAAUUGUGAUAAUGUGUUCAACACUACCACUGCCACAUCUGCUAAUUUUGCUGAUUCCAUUACUAUAAAUGAUAAUACCACUACAUCAAAUGAUAGUAUAUCAAAUUUUUUUACUAAUAAUAGUAGCAAUAGUAGUAUUUUCGACAUUAGUAAUCUCAAUGAUUAUAAUAUUAGCAGUAGUAGCAGUAAUAUUGGUAGUAUUAGCAACGCUACUACUAGUAGUAAUAACAUUAUCAAUAAUAAAUAUAAUAAUAAAGCUUCUAUACCUGUUAAGCCUCCAAGAUCUGCAUGCAAACUUUCAAUGGAAUUGUUUUUUCUAUAG